GAGGGAGGUGGGGGGCCGGGAGCCUGGCCUGUGGGUGGAAGGCCCUGAGCUGGCCAUCCUGGGAGCCCUCUUCCAGGGGCUGCAGAGAGACUGUGUGCACCCUCCUCCAUUCCCAAAAGCCUGGGAAAGCUGCACCAUGGAAUGUCAGCUCCUUCUCCCCGUCAGGGGAUGACAGUUUUAGAGAGCAGCAGCAAUAGUGCUUCCUAUUAGAAAUGGGGAAAUUGAGGCUCAGAGAGGGCAGGAGACCCACCGAAGUUACCACAGCCAGUGUGAAGAAGGGUUAGGACAAGUCCCCAAGCCCCCAGCCUCCCUACUCUGAAGUCUGAAAGCUUUCCUAAGCAGCUCUGCAGAGUGGGGGCUCCCAGCCUGGGUUUCAAACCCGGACUCUGCCACUUGUCAGCUCUGGUGACUGACUGACAAAUAAAACACAUCUGUAGGCUGGCAGCGCUGCCCACACUGCACCUCAGUUUCCUCUCCAGUACAAGGAGCAGGGUAGCAGCCCCCUCAGAGGGCUGCGGUGCUGAGAUAACACAGGGCAAGUCACACAGUAGGUGCCCAAGAAAUGCCAGCCAGCACCUCCCAGCCAGUCUGUCCUGCGGUUUCUGUGGGCUGUUUGGGGGAUGGCAGCAGGAUGUGGUUAUCUCAGAAAGCGGAGGAGGGGUACUUGAAAAGGUUUCAACCUAAAGAUCCUGAAGAGGCUCACAGGUUGAAGGAUGAGGCUCUCCUUGGCCCAACUCCCGACCCUUCCCAUUGCCUUGCUAGCCAGAGAAUGAUGUGAGGACACUGGGCAAGGAGGUGGGGUGGAGCAGAAGGCAGGGACAGAGGGCCCCUCUCCCCUGCCGAGGCACAACGUUCAUGGAAAGCCAAUUCUCUGACAAGCCCAGGAGGGGCCUCUGCCAUGGUCUGAUUCCAGCAAAGCUGGGGGAAGUGGGGGGCUCUUCCAACUCCCCACCCCAAAAGGCCUGCCUGUUCAGGAGUCAGCAUGGUGGCCAAGAGCCCAGGCCCAGAUCCAUUGCACCCUGGCACCAAUCCCAGUGUUGCUACUUGUAUGCUAGGUGACCUGGGGCCCCAGCUUCCUCAUCUAUAAAAGGGGGAUCCAUUAAUCCAUUGAAUCAUCAUGUCCACAUUGUGUACCUACUACAACCAGGCACAGUGCUAAGCACUUAGCACAUGUUAUGUCCACAUGCAUGCAGCAGUAAGGAGAUAUUGCUAGUCACAGUCACCGCAGCAGACAUCAUGGCUGUGGAUGUGGCAGAAUAUCAUCUGAGCGUCAUCAAGAGCCCCCCUGGCUGGGAGGUGGGUGUCUAUGCUGCAGGGGCCCUGGCCCUGCUGGGAAUCGCAGCUGUGAGCCUGUGGAAGCUCUGGACGUCGGGGAGCUUCCCCAGCCCCUCUCCGUUCCCCAAUUACGACUACAGGUACCUUCAGCAGAAGUACGGCGAGAGCUGCGCAGAGGCCAGGGAGAAGAGAGUGCCUGCCUGGAAUGCCCAGCGGGCCAGCACGCGGGGACCACCCAGCCGCAAAGGCAGUCUCAGCAUUGAGGACACCUUUGAGAGCAUCAGUGAACUGGGGCCUCUGGAGCUGAUGGGCCGGGAGUUGGACCUGGCCCCCUAUGGGACCCUCCGGAAGUCCCAGUCGGCCGACUCCCUGAACUCCAUCUCCUCCGUGAGCAACACCUUUGGGCAGGACUUCACACUGGGCCAGGUGGAGGUGAGCAUGGAGUACCACACUGCCUCCCACACGCUGCAUGUGGCGGUGAUGCAGGGCAAGGACCUCCUGGAGCGGGAGGAGGCCAGCUUCGAGUCCUGCUUCAUGCGCGUCAGCCUGCUGCCGGACGAGCAGAUCGUGGGCAUUUCUCGGAUCCAGAGAAAUGCCUACUCCAUCUUCUUUGAUGAGAAGUUCUCCAUCCCCCUGGAUCCCACAGCCCUGGAGAAGAGCCUGCGGUUUUCUGUAUUUGGCAUUGAUGAGGAUGAGCGCAACGUCAGCACGGGGGUGGUGGAGCUGAAGCUUUCUGUGCUUGACCUCCCGCUGCAGCCCUUCAGUGGCUGGCUCUAUUUACAGGACCAGAACAAGGCCGCCGAUGCUGUAGGGGAGAUCCUGCUCUCCCUCAGCUACCUCCCCACAGCCGAGCGCCUCACCGUGGUCGUGGUUAAGGCCAAGAACCUCAUCUGGACCAACGACAAGACCACAGCGGACCCCUUCGUCAAGGUGUACCUGCUGCAGGAUGGGAGGAAGAUGAGCAAAAAGAAGACAGCCGUGAAGAGGGACGACCCCAACCCGGUGUUCAACGAAGCCAUGAUCUUCUCGGUGCCAGCCAUUGUGCUCCAGGACCUGUCUCUCCGCGUGACGGUGGCUGAGAGCAGCAGCGACGGCCGUGGGGACAACGUGGGCCAUGUCAUCAUUGGGCCGUCAGCCAGUGGCAUGGGAACCACACAUUGGAACCAGAUGUUGGCCACGCUGCGCAGGCCCGUGUCCAUGUGGCACGCUGUCCGGCGAAACUAGCAACCAGGGCGGGCCAGUUGGGCAAUGGAGCUGCUGGAGCCCGGUACCCACUCAGCUCUGUCUGAUGCCCUCUCCAUAGCCCAGCUGGAGCCGUGAACACUGGGGUCCCCUGGCAGAGUCCUCAUGACCCAUCCUGGUCUCUCUGUCCAGAUUGCAGCAGAGGAGUGGGCGUGGCUCUGUGUCCAGGGCCCCAGGGUCUGCUCCUGCUGAGGACCAGCUGUGGCUGGGCCAGGACAGAGGACUCAACCCUGCUCCUCCUGGCAGGCCAGCUGCCGAGCCGGGCUAUGUUCUGGAACCCAGUGAAUCUUGGGGGCCAGGCACUGUGCUAGGCACCAGCAAGGGUAACACGAAGAAGACCCGGCCCUCAGGGCAUCAGGAAGACUAGCUCCCCUGCCCCGGAGGAUCUGCUCAGUGCUGAUGGCAGCCCAGCUGUGUGGACUCAGGGGGCUCUGAGGGCUAGGGAAACAGGAAGGGUCUCUUUGACAAGGUAGGAGCUGUGCUUGGAGGGGCAGGAAAAGAACUGAGCAUGUCGCAGGCAGCGGGCCCAGCCUGAGCAAUGGCAGGAUGUGAACUUCCCCAUCGCAAAUGCAGUCCUCAGCCCACUGCAGUGGAUACAAGGAAGGGCCUUUCUCGGGGCCGGAGAAGAGACCAAGAGACCAGGCCCGGGCAGCAGCCUACCGGCCACGUGGAACACUGGCUCCGGAGUUAUUCUCUGUCAAAUCUACUCCCCGGACCUCAACCAUGGCAAGAACCAGAGGUCCAAAGAGGCCCAGACCCAGGUCCUUGUGCUCAGUCCUGCGCAAACCAGGCCCGGACCCUGCAAGCAUUUGUUGAUGCCCUUGCAGGCCCACUGGGAGAAAGAUGCCUCAGGCAGGUCUCAGCCUGGGGGUGGCAGGGGUGGGGCAGAGAGAAUACUGACAGCAGAGGUCUUGGUGGGCUGCACGUGCCUGCGAAGAUGUGGUGGACAAGGAGGCUCUCCGGCUGGGCCUUGGAGGGGUGGCAGCGGAAGGACAGCCCAGGUGGCUGAGGCCUGAUGGGAAGCCGGGGAAGGCCAGGGUGGAAGGGCGGCUUGAGGGACGCCAGGAGAAGACUGAAUGCCAGGCUAGGAAGGAGGCGGCUCUCGAUCACGGGGUGGGUGCCCCCGACACCGGGUCUCCUAGCUUGAGUUCCCUAGAAGCGGAAUCUGAGAGGGGGAUUCUGGGGCAAGUAGCUUCUUGCGGGUGAGUGUUCUCAGAGAAACUUACCAGAUCAAGAAAGGGAGCUCAGGCUGGAUGGAGGAAGCCACGCAAGUGUGGCUUCAAGAUCCAUUGCCUUGGCCUGAUCGCUGUGGGGGCAGGGGCCUGGAGUGCGAGGGGCACCCUGGGGGCUCCCACCCAGAAGCAGAGGGGCUGGGCUGUUGCACCUCUACUGGCAUCAGUCUUUGGUGACCCCCCAGCCCCAGUAGGAGGACAGCAGGCAGAGCUUGUCAUCCCCAGCCUGGUGUCCCGCAGUCCCAGGAAGCCGCUUCUUGCCUUCAUGGCUGAGUGCUGGGAAGGGCUGAGCUCACCCAGACCAGCAGGUGGGGUAUCAUCUGCUCAGUGGGGCCACCCACAGGUGACAGCAUGGACCCUCAGGCUGGCUGCCCCUGUUCCUUGGUCCAUAACUGGUGAGCUAUGGAGACCCAGGCCAACAAAUUAUCCCCAGUGAUAUGGGGGGAGGAGGGGCUAGAACAAGGGCCCAGGGGACUGGAGGCAGGAUGGUGGCUUUCCCCACCUGACACAGCCAUGGCCCAGCCCCAAGGCCAGGCUGUCUACCCUAUGGCCACAGCAGGAGGUCAGCCCAGGGCCAGGAGACACAUGGCUGGACAAGGCUUUGCAGCCUGGGAGACCCCGACUUUCUCUAAUCCAGUGGCUGUGCGGUUCAGGCCACUGACUCCCCCCCUGCCCUCUCCCCUCUCUCCCUCCCCCUAACUGCAUGACAUGUUAACUGUGUGCCCAGGACAGCCGUGGUGGGGACCGGGUAUGCCAACUGGAAUGAUUCUAGAACCAAAAUAAAGCUGGGGCAGGAAGAGGGGGCUUCCAGGGAGCCCUGCUCGGCCCUGAAUCAC